GUCACAACUCGUCGGUGCCGAAAGCGACUCGCAUUCUUGCAUUCGUGUACACUCCAGCUCGGUCUUCACUUCGCAGCUACUUUCUCCACGAAAAUCGAACCAAAAAUGGGCUCUGGCAAGCAACAAAAAGUGCAGUCUUCGGGCUUCACCAAGGAGGAGGAGCUGCUGCUGCAGGAUUUCAGCCGCAACGUGAGCACCAAGUCGUCGGCUCUCUUCUACGGCAAUGCCUUCAUCGUGUCGGCGGUCCCUAUCUGGCUCUUCUGGCGCAUCCACAACAUGGACCUGUGGCCCAGCUCCAUCUUGUUUGUUCUGGUGACCGCCGCUAGCACCUACUUGAUGGCUACCGCCUACAAGAACAUCAAGUUCCAGCUGAAGCACAAGAUCGCCGGACGUCGGGAGGAGGCAGUGACCCGCGAGGUCAACCGUCAGGUGGGCGACGACAAGAAGGUCACGCGCAAGGAGAAGGACGAGCGCAUCCUGUGGAAGAAGAACGAGGUAGCCGACUACGAGGCCACCACCUUCUCGAUCUUCUACAACAACGCCAUCUACCUGGCUGUGAUCAUCUUCAUUAGCUUUUUCAUCCUGAAGAACUCGACACCGUUUGUCAACUACAUCUUUUCCGUGGGCAUUGCCAGCGGCGCCCUGGCGCUCUUCUCCACCAGCGCCCAGACGAACUGAGCGGAAUAAUAGCAACCAUGUCCAUUAAUGUUCAUGUACUCGUAAUGUAAGGCCCUUCAAGAGAUUUCCUGGGACCGUGGGCUGGUCCACUUUUUCACACGCCAGCCCCGUUUCGAUUGGCAUUUUCAGCAGUGCGAACAUACAAACUUCAUAGUAUAAAACGCCAACUUGUUGUCUUUCUUGUAGAAAGCUUGAUGAUCAACUUCCAUUCGCAGAUGAUUUAAUAAAUUGUAAAGUUAAAA